AUGUCCUCUGCGGACGAAAAUUCGGCUUUAAAAAGAAACUCUGUGCAUCAAACGAGACUUAGUCUCGAACUCCAGCAGCUGGAAAGAGAUAGAACGACUCGCAUGCGUGAAAUGGAGAAGGCAACUCAAGCGUUCGCACGGAGACAGGAACAAAUUCAGGGCAUACGAGAUAAAGCUUCGUUGCGAAGAGUUCCAAGUGCUCCACCUGCUCAAAACUGUUCCGGUCGCACGCCACUCAGUAAAAGCGUUCUUGCAUCUGAUUCAAAAGAAGAUUUGACCCUUCAACCAUUUGUAACCAAAAACGUAAGGCUGGAAAGUGCACCCUUGUCGAGAAAUCGUAGAGCACUUCACAAGACCGUGACAAUGCCUUCGAUGGACUUACUUCCAUCGCGUAGCAGUUUUACCGGCUCAUCUGGUCACUUGUUAUCUGUUAGUAGCGAUUCGACCCAAAAAGGAACCAGCCCGAACAAAACAGGAUUUUCAUCUCCGUUACAAACGCCUCCAAAUGGCACAAGAGUGCCAAUGUACAGUCGGAAUUUCUCAGGUGUGCGACAACGAAACGAGUUAAUGACAGCUAGCCUGCCACGAAGAAAGAUCAGUUUACCUCUACUAUCUAAUGGCACAAGAACCACAAGAAGCAAAUCUGUGUCGUACUAG